AUGGGUAGAGUAAAUGCAAAGUGUAUGAUGGAUGCAAAUCUGCCUUUUUCAAUACUCAUGUAUAAUGUUAACUUGUUGAUCCUACAUGCACAACUGAUGAAGCCAGUUGUAUUGAAUUAUAAGAUUGCACUUCUUAUACAAAAUAAAAAGAAUAAAUGCUUUUAUGAUGAUAAAGAAAAGAAAUGUGUUCUAUUAGAAUGCAAGUAUUUAACUUAUACAACUCAUGAAGAAUGCAAUAAUCAAUUAUCCACUUGCACUUCAGAUAGUACCAAAUGUGUUAGUAUGGAUAAGUGUGAAACAUAUUCUACAGAAUAAUGCAAAACCUCAUUAGGAACUGAUGGCAAAUGUUUGUUUGAUCCAAGUCUUAAAAAAUGUCGUCUAGCAUCCUGCACAGAAUUGAAGAGUAACUGCUCUUAAAUUACAAAUUGUAUUGACAAUGGUGGUCUAGGCUGUGUCAAUAAAGCAAAUUGCAGUAAAUAUGAAACUGAAAUUGCAUGUAAGCAAGGAGGAACUGAUGGAUUCUGUGUAUGGUAUUUAAACAACGGAGAAGGAGCUUGUAAAUUAAUGACAUCCUGUUCUGAUGGCUCAUCCCAGCCAAAGAAGUUCCGUUUGUGCAUACAAAUCAUGGAAUUGUUAAUGGACUGA